UGUAAGCAACAUUCAUUUCUCUGCAUCUACGUAACGUACGAUGACGGCCGGGAGAUUGAUCAUCCUCUUGGCGUGGUUUCUAGUGGCAUUGCCACGGGCUCUGACGGAUUCCGACAACGCUCCGUCUCCUUCGAUAUUCAUAUUCGGAGACUCCAUCUUCGACGCAGGAAACAAUCAUUUCAACAAGAACUGCACCGCUCAGGCCGAUUUCCCUCCCUACGGUUCCUCUUUCUUCCACCGGCCCACCGGAAGAUUCACCAAUGGAAGAACCGUCCCCGAUUUCAUCUCGCAAUACAUGGGAGUUCCGCUGCAGAAGUCGUUCCUCGAGGUGCAACUCGAACUCAUGAACGGAACUUCUAAACGGUUUCCCUCCAAUGGCGUCAACUUCGCCAGCGCGGGAAGCGGUGUAUUGCAAGAUACCAACAAAGAUUGGGGCGUGAUACCGAUCCAAACCCAGCUUCAGCAAUUCCAAACGCUCGUGGAUCAAAACCAAGUCGAAAAAUCACUCAUCCAAGAAUCCCUCUUCUUCUUCGAGUCCGGUUCCAACGACAUAUACGACUACUUCCUCCCGUUCGAUACUCCUGCUCUCUCGCCCGACGCGUAUGUGGACGCGAUGUUAGUCCAAGCAACCAAAGCGAUCGAUCAAAUCUGCCAAUUGGGUGGGCGUAGGAUCGCGGUGUUUUCGCUAGGGCCGGUGGGUUGUGUGCCGGCAAGAGCAUUGCUCCCUGGUGCACCGAUCGAUAAAUGUUUCGGUAAGAUGAAUUAUAUGGUGAAGAAGUACAACAAGGGACUUGAAGACAUGGUGAAGAACUUAACUACAAGGUACAAAGGAGUCACCGCUGUGUUUGGAGCUGUCUAUGGUAUUACUCAGAGGUUGCGUACAUUCCCUGCCCGUUAUGGGUUGGUGGAUGUGACGAACGCAUGUUGUGGGGAUGGGGCGUUAGGAGGAAUGAUACAAUGUGGAAGAGAAGGUUACAAGGAAUGCAAGAACCCUAAUGAGUAUCUGUUUUGGGAUUAUUUCCAUCCGACAGAACACACGUACGGUCUCAUCGCAGGAGCCUUGUGGGCAGGCAACAACGCCGACGUUAGACCACUUAACCUUAGCGCCCUUGCGUCCAGAGCUCCCACACAUACACAACGUCGUCAUCCGAUAACAAAGAAAGGAAGAAAAGAAUGACGUACUCUUUAGUGCGCUAUGUUUGAAUAUUAUGAUUUUUCCUUUUCUUGAUUCGAUAAAGAAAUAAAAAAAAAUGUUGUCUGAAUGAAAUCGGUUUUAUCUGAAUAUUAUUAUCUUGA